CGGCUCUCCAAACCAUCUUCGUCUUCGUCUUCCUCCACCGGCGUCGACGUCGUCGUCGGUCCAAAAGUAAUGGCGCGCCUCCAUUGUGGGUCGUUGGCCGAACCCCAUUUCAUUCUCCUUUUCCAUCUCCGCCGGGCCUACUUACCUUCACGCCUCCACUUUCAUCUUUCAUGGAGCCUAUAAAACCAGACCCCCCGCCCUCCAUUGCUAACCACCAGUCCACUCACUCUUCUCGCUCAUACAUAGAUAGCAAGUGCAAGUGCAAGUGCAAUUGCUUUCUGUGUCUGAACAUUCAGGUGGGUAAGGUAGCCAGUGGUGAGAGAUCGAGCAAUGGCGCAGGGAAGAGGCAGUGGUGCUGCGGUCCUUGCGCUGCUGCUCCUCUGCGUGCUCCUCCACAGCCAGGUCGCCGAGUCGGCCAUGUUCACCGUCGGCGACCGCGGCGGUUGGACCUUCAACACCAACAGCUGGACCAACGGCAAGCGCUUCAAGGCCGGCGACGUCCUAGUGUUCAAGUACGACUCAACGGCGCACGACGUGGUGGCGGUGAACGCAGCGGGGUACAAGGGUUGCACCAGGCCCCGCGGCGCCAAGGUGUACAAGUCCGGCAACGACCGCGUCACGCUCGCGCGCGGCACCAACUACUUCAUCUGCAGCAUCCCCGGCCACUGCCAGUCCGGCAUGAAGAUCGCCGUCACCGCCGCCUGACCGGCCGGCGGCCGGAACCUCAUAAUUAUACAUCUGAUCGAUAUACACCUACUGUUGUUAUCAUCUCUACAUAUAUAAUGUUUGGUUUUGAGUUGUGUGCUUCAUGGUCACUGCAUGUAUGCAUGUACACAGUGCGUGAUUCAUGCAAAUUUUAUAUGGUUGUGAAUAAAGAAGGCAUGUGUACA